ACAGCUGUUUGCAAUCAGCUGAUCUUUUUGACAGCCGCGCAUGGUUGAGUAAAAAAAAAUUUUGUGUAUAUUUUUUUUACUGCAUAAUUUAGUUUUAAUUAUAAAAUAUAUAAAAGUUAAAAUAAAAUGACAACUUCAUCUGAGGUUCAAAAGAGUGAAGAUAAGCGUAUAUUUUUCGAAAAUGCUCAAAUGGAUUCAAUGGCACAACACUUCGUGGGUAAUCUCUAUAGGUACCGUGAAAAUAUAGUGAUACCAACGAGUAAUGGACCAGUGCAAAUUAAAACCAAUGAAGAGAAAAUGAUUGAAAAAACCGUGGAAAGCUGUGCAUUCAAGUCAAUUACGGCAUGCGUUAUGGGUUACGGUUUGGGUGCUGCUAUCGGUUUAUUUAGUGCUUCUGUCAAUCCCAGCCUUACAGAUCCAUUGCUGCAUGAAAAGAAGCAGACUGCACGUGAAAUUUUACGUGAUAUGCGUAAGACAACACAUGGCUAUGCAAAGAAUUUCGCCAUGAUUGGCAUGGUGUUCUCCGGUGUAGAAUGCACAAUUGAGAGUUAUCGAGGUGUUACUGAUUGGCGAAACGGCACCUACGCGGGCGGUGUAACCGGCGGUUUGAUUGGUCUACGUGCAGGUGUAAAGGCUGGCAUUGUGGGCGCUGCAGGUUUUGCAGCCUUCUCUACAGUAAUUGACUAUUACAUGCGACACAGAUUGUAGAAAUGUGGCGAAAUAAUAAUUAUUAUUAUUUGGAUUUAAAAUAUCUUGGUUUUUUCGACUUCUGUUAGUGUAAAGUUAAUACGUAGUAAUUAAUAAAAUUUAUGUUAAAAACAUUGAAAACACCAAAAACGAAGUGAAUUCAAAUGCAGUCAACUAUCGAUAA